AUGUCUUCUCAAUUCAGAUGUCCACAGUUCACAAGACUUCCUGCUCCCUGCGAACUUAUAACUGUAUCCGGUCAAUGUUGUAAAAGACUGCAAUGUAGAACUCCAACGACAGUAGCCCCCGGUGUUGUAACUCCUACUCCCAUCAUACCAACACCAGAUCCCCACCCUAGAUGUACUGAUGUUUUAGAUAACUGUGAUGAUUAUGGCCAGUCUGUAUGUCAGCCACCAUAUGAUGCCUGGGCAAGGAGAAAUUGUCAACAUUAUUGUGGAAAUUUGUGUGCUGAUCCAGCUUGUGUUGACAAGAACCCCACUGCCUGUGCAGAAAUUGGGCCAGGUGUUUGUACUUUGCUAAUUGACUUUGCCAGAGAAAAUUGUGCCAGUCAAUGUAAUAUAUGUCCUCAACCUUCAGUACCAUCAUUACAACUGACAACACCAUCACCAAAUGGUUAUGUACUGUUGAUGAAGGGUGUGACUGGAGUAGGAACAUAUCCUCCUGGUAUUACUGAUUUGUUUGAAUUAUGGAAUUCAACUAAGACCAUUAAUGAAUUCCAACCAGGAGCCAACUCACUGACACCAAAUUUCCCAGGUCACUACAAACCAAUAUUGUCAAACAACUGGACAGGUCUUUGUUUGGAUAAGGUCAGGGUAUCUAUAUACAAAAAUGGUGUAGAGAAAGCUUUCAUGUUGUUCAAUGGUACAGAAGCCGAUAAGAUGAGUUGGUUUACACCUAGCAGAAUCAUAGAUUCAUCAUGGGUGGAUUUACAAUCUACAACUAAACAGUACUUUGCACUGUCUCAAGACCCAGAUUUCCUCAGAGAAUUUUAUGCCAGUCAGGAUGCUGAUAAAUCCAAAUGUGAUUCAACUGGUUGGAUGUUUAUAUCUACAGCAAACAGGUGUUUUAUGGAAACAGAAAAGAAACCAGCUUUCUAUUAUGCUCCAGGACAGACCUCAGCUCACUGGGGAUAUAGCCGUAACAAUGUGUCACUACCAAAAGUAUUUAACACUGGUGCUGGGUGUUGGUACAAAGGUUGGCUUUAUCACCAAGGGGAGAGCUGGGAAGAUGGUUGUGAUUACAAGUGUUCCUGUGAUGAUGAACAAAGUGGACAUUAUUCUUGUCAUGCUCUUUGUCCUGUGUAUGACCAUUUGCCUAAGAUAUGUAGAGUGAUUACACCAAACGGCCAAUGUUGUGGUCAAGUUGUAUGUACACCAGUAAGAGUCCUCCCUACAAUAUAUUCAGAUUUGCCUUGCUAUUUCAAUGGACGAUAUUAUGGACUGGGGGACACAUGGAUUAUUGAUUGUAAAUACAAAUGUGAAUGUAUUCAGGCAAAUCUAGGAUUCCGUAGAUGUAAAGAAUUGUGUUAUAAAUGGGAUCUGCCUUCACAAUGUACACUGAAUGAACCUGCUCCAGGAAAAUGUUGUAAAACACCAAAAUGUCCUCCAAUGAUCCCUAUAGAAUAUCCACUAGGAUAUAAGGAAGAAUAGUUACC